AUGGCUCCCUCAAAAGAAGUAGCCGCUGCCGGCUCCAAAGACAUUGUCACUAUCAGUCACGAGCAGAGUCUCAAGGCUUCCAAGGCUCUUCUUGCGCACAUCAAAAAGGCUGCCAAGGAGUCCGCUGAGGACCCCUCGGCCAAGAAGAACCUGCUUGCCAACGACGAUGGAGAUGACACGGCCGAUACGCCCGUCUGGCUGACUCUGACGACCAAGCGACACAUUGCCGACAAGUCCAAGCUGCACCCGGGCAAGAUUGUGCUCCCGCACCGCCUCAACGCCGACGACAAGAGCCUGUCGGUGUGCCUCAUCACUGCCGACCCUCAGCGCGCUUACAAGAACAUUGUUGCGAGCGAUGACUUCCCCGCGGACCUGCGCAAGCGCAUCGGCCGCGUCAUUGACGUGACCAAGCUCAAGGCCAAGUACUCGCAGUACGAGGCUCAGCGCAAGCUCUUCUCGGAGCACGACGUGUUCCUGGGUGACGACCGCAUCAUCAACCGUCUGCCCAAGAUCCUCGGCAAGACCUUUUACAAGACCACCACCAAGCGGCCCGUCCCGGUGGACCUGCAGGCCAAGGUGCCCAAGGUCGACGGCAAGCGCGCCAAGCGGACCAGGAAGAGCGGCAGCGACAAGGAGGUCAACGCCGGCACCCCCGCGCAGAUUGCCAAGGAGGUUGAAAAGGCCGUCGGCGCCGCGCUCGUCAGCCUGGGCCCGACGACCAACACGGCGGUGCGCAUCGGCUACGCCAGCUGGACCGCGGACCAGAUUGCCGACAACGUCGACGCCGCGGCCGCCGCGCUCGUCGAGAAGUGGGUGCCGCAAAAGUGGCGCAACGUCAAGAGCCUCUACAUCAAGGGCCCCGAGACGGCCGCCCUUCCCAUCUGGCUGACGGACGAGCUGUGGAUCGACGACCAGGACGUCGUCGCCGACACCGAGGAGACCAAGGCCAACACGAGCAAGAAGCGCAAGGCGCUGGCCGGCGAGGAGCCCGCGGCCCAGGCGGCGUCCCCCGCGGCCAAGAAGACCAAGAAGGCGGACGCUGGCAAGCACAAGCCGACGAGCGACGAUGUCAAGCUCGACAAUCAGAUUGCGGAGCGCAAGUCGAAGCUGCGUAGCGCCAAGGCCAAGGCCAGCAAGGCGAUGGAUUGA